GAAAAGAAGAAAAUUAGAAGGGAAAAGAAAGACAGAAUCCAAAGCCCAAAUUCAACUGCCGAAUUGAAGAGGAUUUUUCUAUUUUUUCAGUUUCAAUCUCUUCGUAGUCAUCUUCCUCCUCUCUCUUCCUCUGGAAAUCAAAAGCUUUGAAGAAGGGAAUUGGGGACAUUUUUCAAAGAAGAAAGGGGGAAAUUCUUUUUUUUUCUUCUUCCUUUUCUUCUUCUCCUUCUUCCCCACCUCCCCCCGUUACCAGCUUCAUGAAGAAAGACCAAAAAUUUCUUCUGUGAUUAUUAUUUCAUUGUGUUUUUAGUGCAAAAAUUCCAGCUUUAUUUCUGUUGUAAACGACGAUUAUGAUGAUGCGCUGGUAAAUUGCCUCUCCGCCUCCCUUUCAUCGGCUCUGGUCAUGAUCGAAUUUUACCCCUUUUGAGCUUUCAAUUAGGGUUCAAAUUUCGAUUUUGACCGAUCCCUUUUUUUAUAGCCCCCGUCUCAAUUUCCUUAAUGGGUUUUGCUCGACGGGGACGAAGAUCGUCUGGGUUUCGUUUGUUCAUCAACUCGAGUUCUGGUUAAGGCUAGAGAUUUUGAUUCAUCAACUAAUUGGAACCGAGAUAUUCCCUCAAGAAUUUUCAUCGGGAGCUUUUUCGGUUUCGUUUUCACCGACAAAGCAUAGCUUCGCGGAGGUGGUGGGGGUGAUCAACGGCGGCAAAUCGGAAAAUUUGCUUUGCUGGGUGGUUUUUCGAUGCCAAUGAUGUGUUAGGGUUUUGCAUCUUCUCGAUUGAGGAGGGGUUUAUCCGUUGGGGAAAUGAGAACGAGAGAGCACGAUUACGAUGCUGAUUCAUCAACUCAUUGUUCUUGUGAAUUCAAGGUUUUCGUUACUUCUGGUCUUCCUGCUGUGCGUUUCUGCCGUACGAAGCUUGGAGCAGAGAGAUGUAGCAGAGAGAUUAAUCGUUGGGAAAUUGUUCAACCCAGUGACAGAGAAGGUGGAUGAGCCCUUGGCAAAACUACUAUGGGACACUUGCAAGCUAGAUUUGAUCCAUUUGAAAGAGGGUGAUGAAGAUCUCAACUUGUGUUUCCUUGAGAAAACAUCUGCAGGACCCGGUGAGCUCGAUUCAAACUGCUGGUCAUUGUCAAAACAUAAUAUGCAGCAGUUGUUCAGGUCCCCGCGCCCACAAUUGAGAAAAGCUCUGUUAGAUUGUAUAAGAAAGAAUGAUCUUUUGUAUGUUAUCUCUAGGGAGGAGGAACGUAGGUUUUCUAUGCCAUAUAUCAAGCACCUCACCUCCUUAUUUUUUAAGUCCUCGAUUCCUACCCGGAAUUUGCCUGAAAACGCAGCAGAGCGUCCAACAUCUGCUCGGGCUCCUGGACCAUCAAGAUCUUCUAGUGUGAAACCAACUUCAAGGAAACUUCAUGCUGCGUCUGAUGAAUCCGAAGAUGAAGGUGAUGAGGCUGAAGAAACAACUGAUCAGAAAGUUAUUAUUGCAGUGAUUAUAACGGCUGUAUCGACAUCAAUAUUUGCUGCUCUAUUAUUCAUUUGCAUUCUAAAAGUAUUUGGAACAGGCCCUGAUCCUGGGCUAAAUGACGAGAAGCCACUCCUCAGUCUAAAACUGAGCGACUCUGUUUUAGGUUCUUCGUACAAGUCUUUCAGUGUAGGGGGUUCUUUCACUGAAGACAAGCUUGGUUCUCAAUCUUUAAACAGUAACUCAAGCCAUCAUAGAACAAAUUCAUCUGUAGAUGGCAACAUCCUCUCUGAUGAUGUUAUCAUUGGUUCAGUGGACGGUGUCGGCGGUGUUUCUAACUCAUCUGAAUCUACUGGUGCCUCUGUGACGGGUUCUGGUUUGCUACCACUUCCUCCAGGAAGGACAGCUGGUCUGCCUCCCUUGAAGCCUCCCCCAGGGAAGGCAAUUCCUCUUCCACCCGAACCUCCUCCUCCUCCGAAAGCUCCUGCCAAAGCUGCUCCACCACCUCCUGCCCCACCUCCACCUCCACCAUCAAAAACUUCUCCUGUCAGUGCGGGUCCUCCACCUCCUGGACCACCCCCUCCACCACCUCCUGCUCGUCAGGGCAAAUCUGGUCCUCCACCUCCUGCACCUCCUCCAAAAAAAGGUGGUGCUCCUGGUCCACCCCGAGCACCAAUGCCAGCAGGCCCAAAGGUUCCUAGAGCUCCUGGUAUGAGAGGUCCGGAGGGAGAUGAUAGUAAAGCCAAAUUGAAGCCAUUCUUCUGGGACAAAGUUUCUGCUACUCCGGAUCAGGCGAUGGUUUGGCAUCAGAUUAAAUCAGGAUCUUUCCAGUUCAACGAGGAGAUGAUCGAGAAUUUAUUUGGGUACACAGCACCUGAAAAAAACAAAGUUGAGAAGAAAAAAAACUCUUCUCAAGAACCUGCUUCGCAGUUUAUUCAAAUUUUGGAUCCCAAAAAAGCUCAAAACUUAUCAAUUCUACUUCGCGCUUUGAAUGUUACGACAGAAGAAGUUUCUGAUGCCCUGCUUGAAGGAAAUGAGCUUCCUGCUGAGCUCAUUCAGACUUUAUUGAAGAUGGCACCCACAUCAGAUGAGGAACUUAAACUGAGGUUGUUCAGCGGUGAACUUUCUCAACUGGGCCCUGCUGAGCGGUUCCUGAAAGCAUUGGUUGAUAUCCCUUUUGCUUAUCAUCGUAUGGAAGCUCUACUUUUCAUGGGCACUCUAGAGGAAGAGAUUGCCAGUGCUAUGGAAUCCUUCAAAACUUUAGAGGUUGCUUCUAAAGAACUCAGGAACAGCCGGUUGUUCCUCAAACUUCUAGAAGCUGUCCUAAAAACUGGAAACCGAAUGAACGAUGGCACCUUUCGUGGUGGUGCACAGGCUUUUAAGCUUGACACUCUUUUGAAACUGUCAGAUGUUAAGGGAGCUGAUGGCAAAACCACACUGUUGCAUUUUGUGGUCCAAGAGAUAGUUCGUUCUGAAGGAGUUCGGGCUGCCCGUGCUAGGAGAGAGAGCAUGAGCUUCUCUAACAUGAGUGUAAAAACGGAAGAUCUCCUUGAGGAGAUUUCUCCUGACACAGAGGACCACUAUCGCACCCUUGGUCUUCAGGUGGUGUCUCGUUUGAGCAGUGAACUGGAAAAUGUCAAGAAAGCAGCAGCUAUUGAUGCUGAUGGCUUGACAGGAUCUGUAUCUAAACUUGGUCAUGCACAACUGAAAACUCGAGACUUCUUGAACAAAGAAAUGAAGGAUUUAGAGGAGGAUAGCGGGUUUCAUGAAGUGCUCAAGAGUUUUGUGCAGAGCUCUGAGGGUGAAGUCAUGUCACUGCUCGAGGAAGAAAAGAGAAUUACAGCCUUGGUAAAGAGCACUGGCGAUUACUUCCAUGGCAAUUCAGGCAGGGACGAAGGGCUGCGGUUGUUCACCAUAGUACGAGACUUCUUACUGAUGUUGGACAAGGUGUGCAAGGAAGUAGAGGCAGCGCAGAAAAAAUCAGCCCAGAAAGCACUUAAGAAAGAGACUUCUACUGCAUCAUCAACUUCCAGUACUACUACACAAAGCCAACCUCCUCCUCCUACCGAUCCUCGUACAAAACUUAUGCCUGCAAUCGCAGAGAGACGGCCCCAAAAUUCAAGCUCAAGCUCAAGCACGGAGAGUUCAGAUGACGAUAGUGAAUGAGAAGUUCUUGCACGAGAGGUUUGACCGUGAUCGAUCUUCAGGGAUCAUCACGCCCUCCAUUCUUACCUAGGUACGCAAACAUCACCAAUUCUUUUGGCACUAUUCUAUCUAGGAUUGCUGCCAUGAACGAAGUGAAAGAAGAUGAAAAAUUGCAUUUUGAAGCCCUGCUCUGCUGGUCUUCUAUGCCGCGGGUGAGCAGUUUAUAUACUAGGGGAACCUCAAUCAGGAACUUGAGCCAUGUUCAUGAUUGGGAGGUUAGUUCAGGCAGAUAUGACCGGAUGCUAACUUGUGCAUAGCUAGGAAAUAUUCCAUUGGUGUUUAACCUUUUCAAAAUUUUACCUUACUUUCUUUGUGCCAUAAGUGUAAAGAUUCUAUUCGUGUUUUUUGAAGAGAGGAAAAUUGGCCCUGCCUUCUGUGGUGUGGUGCUUCAGUCGUUGGAAGAUGAGAAGCUAAGCUUGUUUUUCAAUUGAUGAGUAUUGGAGAGUAAUGUUUUUAAUUAUGUUCGAAGACAUUUGGUGUAUACGUACGAGGCUACUAUACCCCUAUGAGUAUUUCACAAUCCAUGAGAGCGUACUAUUCGAACUUAGGUACUAUUCGAAAUUGGGACCUCCAGGUUCACUACUGGAUCAAGUCUUUGUUUGUAACGACUCCUUCUCCUUGUGCUAUAGAAUAGUCAUGCUAAUUUGUUAUGAUUAACUCCUUGAUCCGGGGCAUUCUAUUGAAAAUUAGUUGCAAUGGAUAUCUAAUUUAUUUGAGA